GAGAUUUUUAAGGAUGGUGGUCCAGUAUUAGCGGUGCACAUGGGCUCCAGUAUCCUGCGGGAACAAAUGGCGUAUGAACUAGUCUUUGGUCACCGGCUUCCAUGGGACUGCAUCUCCUCACGAUGCCCCACUGCCUUGUGGGUCAGACCUUUUAGGCCAAAGGCUCGGGGUGUGGUCCCCUAAGAAAACCACCUAUUUCGAUCUGGGCAUCCGGGCAGUAUCACAGUCCACACACACAUAAGUAUGGUGUGGCGCAUAUAUAUUUGGUGCCCUUUUGUACCAAUAUUUAUGUGUUGAAUUAAAUGAAUAUUUAGCGGUGAGAUCAACUGAGGUCUUAGGUAGAAUCUGGAAACUGGGACGUAAUCCCAUCUGACUGGUCUCAAUCACUGAUUUUGCCAGUCUAUAAGGAAGUAAAAACGUCCUCUUGUGACAAUCACAGAGGAAUCAGUUUGACUAAUAUAGUGUCUAAAAUAUUAGCCUCAAUAAUACUUCGACGCCUAACCAAAGCUCGUGAAAAACAGACUAGAGAAAACCAGGCUGGUUUUCGACCUGGACGUGGUUGUGUAGACCAGAUAUUCACACUACGUCAGGUUCUAGAACACAGACACACAUUCAGACACCCCACAAUGGUAGUAUUUCUCGACCUUAAGGCGGCAUUCGACUCUGUUGAUCGUGGGGUUCUAUGGCAGUGUUUGUCACUGAAAGGAGUACCAAAGAAGUACAUUAACCUUGUAAAGGCUCUCUACUCGAACACAACUGGUAGAGUGAGAGCUUAUGGCGAACUGUCAUCAGAAUCGAUUACCUCAAGUGGUGUUCAUCAGGGCUGUCCACUCUCUCCAUUCUUGUUCGACUUUGUCGUUGAUGUGCUUUUAGAGAUAUCACUUUCCUCAUCUGACUUUACAGGGGUUAAACUUCUACCAUGAGGUUCACUUGUUGACUUAGAGUAUGCUGAUGACAUAGUUUUAUUUGGUGAAGACGCUGACAAAAUGCAGAGUUUUCUGACCACUCUAAGCAACAAUUCAAGCAUGUUCGGGAUGCGAUUCUCUCCCUCGAAAUGCAAAAUGUUGCUUCAGGAUUGGGUUGCAUUGACACCCGAACUAAUGAUAGGGAGUGAAGUAAUUGAGCGUGUCGAUCGCUUCACUUAUCUUGAAAGUCUCAUCAGCCCUCGUGGUCUGGUGUGUGACGAAAUCUCAGCACGGAUACAGAAGGCUCGACUAGCUUUUGCCAACUUGCGUCAUUUAUGGCGUAGGCGAGAUAUCCGUCUAUCAAACAAAGGACGGGUUUAUUGCGCAGCAGUUCGUUCUGUCCUACUUUAUGGCAGUGAAACAUGGCCGAUAGGAGUAGAGGAUAUCUGUAGGUUACUAGUAUUUGAUCAUAGAUGUCUUCGAAAUAUUGCUCGUAUAUCCUGGGACCAUCGAGUAAGUAAUGCAGUUGUUAGGAAAGAGGUACUAGGUAAGAAUGGCAAAAUCAUUUGAUGAUGUAGUGAAACUUCAUCAGUUGAGAUGGCUGGGACACUUGUUACGUAUGCCCAACAACCGACUGCCUCGACGUACUAUGUUAAAUGGUAUAGGAGUAGGUUGGAAGAAAGCUAAGGGCGGCCAGACCAAAACAUGGCACAAGUCCAUGAAGUCACUGACAAGUGAACUGAGUCAUGUUGGUAGGUGUAGACUACCUGGUUGGGGACCGCGAGAUGAUAGCAACCGAUGGUUAGAGACCCUGAAUGACAUGGCUCAAAAUUGUUUGCAAUGGCGCAGGUGCAUCCACUCUCUGUGUUCUCCCAAAUUAUAAUCUUCUGAAUUCUUCAUGUCCUUUUUUCCUCUUUCCAAGUUUAUUUCAGUGUAUUAUACUCCUUGACUAACAUCUUCAAACCCUAAUCUUUCCAAUUACUGUUUAUAUUGUUACUACCUCUACCACAACGGAAUUUGUGUCGACUGCAUUUCUGUGCUAAUAUGGUGUGGCAACUCGAACUGAUGUACGUACGUACGAAGUUCUACGUUGUUACUGACUGACUGAAAAAUAAAUGGUUGUCUGAGCACAGUUGCAGCAGACGAUCACCAUUAUCUGUUCGCUGAACCGGAAUAGUAAAAUACUCACCUAAAUGUCUUUCUGCGUGGUUUCAGCUACUUACCUGAGCCUUAAAGUCAUCUGCUAUGAGUGCUGUCUGAACCGUUAGCUUUCUGAAGGUUUUCAGAAGGGAGCGUAGGCAGAAACGACAAAAAGCCAAUGUGUGUCCCCACCCUUCGGAGUUCUCAUGUAGCCGUUUAACUGAACAACACAUAGGCGACUGUUAACGGGGAUCCACUCUAAUAGUGCUUGUUCCGCCUUCAUACUCAGUGCUAUGCCCACACCUGCCAGUUCACGAGAACUAGCCAUCGGGUCUCCAAAUACACGCAGAGUGUAUCUCGUCGGCUCUCCGUUUCGCCGAGGUGAGUUCAAGUGAAUGACCACACUAGGAUCGGAGUAAUUCUUCCAUAUCCAUAUGCUCUCUCGACUAUUGCAUAUGAGUUCUCAUGCUUUUCAAAAUCUUAACUAGCCUGUAGACCACGUUUGGUCAUAUAUUGUCGUCAUUUUCGCGUGAAGUAUGUCGUAUGUAUUGUUAAAAUUGUAAGGUGUAUAAACCAUAGUAAUGUCCUAUACUUCCUGUAUUCCAAAACAAAUCGAAUUUGUUUGAACUGUCUGGGUCACAUCAAUUGCUGUGUACAUACACUAUACUGAGAAAUGAUUUCUGACUUUGAUCCACAUAUUUUGUAUGAUAUGUAUAAUGUGCUAUUCUGUCUUCUUCACAUCUUCAAACGCAGUUUGUUGUUUUAAAAUGUCUUUUCUACCCCUUAAACCAUAUUUCCACACUUUCUUAAGGAAUAAUCCACAAUUAUAUGAGUUUUUGGAGUCAUCUCUUCGCCAUAAAUCGGAGAUGGUCAUAUAUGAAGCAGCUCGAGCAAUAAUUAGCCUCCGAAACUUAACAGCUAAAGAGUUAGCACCUGCUGUGGGUGUUUUACAACUGCUUUGUACGUCUUCCAAACCUGCGUUACGAUAUGCUGCUGUACAUACGUUAAAUGCUGUCGCCAGUAAUCAUCCUGCAGCGGUAACUGCAUGUAAUCUCGAUCUUGAGCAACUAAUCGGUGAUCCUAAUAGAAGCAUCGCAACACUUGCAAUAACAACUUUACUAAAGGUAAGUGAUUAAAACUGCGGUAGACUACUAGCUUCAUUUUUAUUUGUGAUUCCCACCAUGAUCAGAAUCUGCACAAACCGUGGUCGGUAGCAGUUAGCAAUUCCCAAGCGACCUUCAGUAAUCAAUAUCAUAACUGAUGUUGGCGGCCAUAAACUAUCUAAAAUCAAGACAGGUAAAUAUUGGUUUUCUGAUUCAACGUACUUGGCUUGUACUUGGUACACUAUUGUGCCCUUUCAACGAUCGUAGAUCUAAUUUAAGACCUACAAGGUAAAAACAGACAUGGAAACACCACACCGAUCUAUACUUUAUUGUUGUAGAUUCUUUAGUUGCCCAGAGCUUAAACAUAGGGUUUCUUUUAAGCUAGUUCAGUGGUUUGCCUAAAGUGAUUGGUAAUUUAUUCCCAUUCUGUAGGAUUUUCGUUAUAUAAAACAUCGGUUUGUAGGAGUAUGGAUAAUUAAUACUAUUGUGAAUACUCAACAUCGAUUCACUUUUUUACUUUCUUAUUUUUCUGGUUUUCUCUUUCAACGUUAUUGAAAUGUGUGAGAACUCAAUUUGGCGCAAUAUAACUUGUAAUGUGCAAUAGUUAUAGACUAUAUGGAAUUACACAGCUUAGAAUAUUAUUUAUUAAAUUUUUUAGACGGGCAACGAGUCGAAUGUUGAACGUUUGCUAAAACAUGUAUCUCCGUUCAUGGGUGAAAUAAGCGAUGAGUUUAAAAUAGUCGUAUUGGAAUCUAUCCAUGCAUUAGCAACAAAGUACCCCAAAAAGUAUACAGUGUUAUUAAACUUUUUAUCUGGACUUCUUCGUGAUUCGGCUGGAUACACUUUUAAGAAAGCAGUUGUGGUUGCUAUCGAAUCAAUUAUCAAACAAAUUCCAGAAGCUAAAAGUAUAGGUUUGUUACAAUUAUGUGACUUCAUAGAGGAUUGUGAACAUGUUAAACUAACACAGCGUAUACUCCAUCUGUUGGGGCGGGAGGGACCCUACCUCAAACGUCCUCGUCAAUUUACUCGUUACAUUUACAAUAGAGUUAUGCUCGAAUCAGCUCCCAUUAAGUGCACAGCUACAACAGCUCUGGCAAGGUUUGCUGCACACAAUGAGGAAUUACUUCCGAGUAUUCUUGUACUUCUUAAACGAAUUAUGAUUGAUGAAGAUGAUGAGGUUCGUGAUCGCGCAGCUUUCUACCACUAUAUUUUAUCACAUAACCAAGUAGCGUUAAAAUCUGCUUACCUUUUAAGUGAAGAAAUGCAUCUAAGUCCAUCUGGUUUAGAGCGUGCUUUAUUGGAUUAUGUGCACAACUCACACACAGUUGCUGGUAGUCCUUUCUCUUUGGCGACAGUCCCAAUAGCUGAUAUUGUUCAGCCAAAUGAUCUUAGUUCUGCCAUUGAAUCGGAUGUUGUAAAGAUUAAAGCUAAAUCUAAUACGAUGGCUGGUGAAGGUCGAAACGCAUCACUUGCUUCUCAGAUGUCAGGAAAACGUAUUCAAGAUUCAUUUGCUGAGCAGCUGGCAUCUAUACCCGAAUUUUCUGGUCUUGGCUCCAUAUUCAAAUCUUCUUCCUUAGUAGAAUUAACUGAAUCUGACACUGAAUAUGUAGUAUCAUGCAUAAAACAUUUAUUCUCAAGGCAUUUAGUCUUGCAGUUUGAUUGUGUCAAUACAAUGGCAGACCAAGUCUUGGAGAAUGUCUAUGUUUCGUGUGAGCCGGACGAUCCCAUGUUUAACAUUGUCUGCACAGUACCUUGCAAAAGCUUAAAAUAUAAUUCUCCCGCUGUGACGUAUGUUCUAGUUGAGUUGCCGGAGGAUCUAGAAUGUCAUUCUGCUACAUUUAUCAACAUAUUGAAAUUUACUAUCAAAGAUAUUGACUCUGAUCCUUCGGAUCCUGGUUUGCCAGACGAAUAUCAAUUGGAAGACCUGGUCCUAGGUAUUUCAGACCAUAUUCAACGUGUUUCGAAACAGAACUUUACAUUGGCUUGGCAGGAACUCAGUCCUGAAACUGAAGUAGAGGAAACGUAUAUGCUGGUGAAGCACAAAACUAUUAAAGAAACGAUGCGUCAAAUUAUCGAACACCUUGGACUUCAGCCUUGUGAUCAAACUGAUCAUAUGCCUCAUGAAGGAAAGUCAUCUCAUCAGCUCCUUCUGUCCGGAGUAUAUCGUGGUGGGUACCAAGUUUUGGCCUUAUGUAAACUUGCUAAAGUAUUGUCUGAUGCAUCUCUUCAUUCAAACGAACAGGGUGUAACUUUCCAAAUCACAGUACGUUCAUCUGAUCCCGUUGUUAGCCGAAUAAUAGCUGAUGCCAUCGGUUGAGUUCCCAUACUGAAAGGCUUCCUUAUUACUAUAUGACAUAUCCUACUUAUGUAUUGUAUUAUUUCUUUGUUUCUUACAUUGGACUAUUGGUAAUCGCUUUGUUUACAAAUUUAAUCAAACUACAAGGUUGUUGCUAACAACACUCGUUGAAAAGCUGUGAUUUCUUUCUUGUUAAUAAUAAAUCUUUAUUUUGCAAUCUCUGAAUAUGCAAUACAGGAUUCAAAGUUUUA